AUGCUCGACGCCACCGUCGCGCCCGACUGGCUCGUCGCGCUCUUUGCCCUCGGCGGGCGCGACGUGCCGUCCUGGCUGCCGCAGGCGCUGGCGUGCGUGCUGCUGCUCGCGCCGCUGCCCUUUCUGCUGCUCUUUGCGCUGCGCGCGCGCCCGCGGCAGACGCGCGUGCCGCCGUACCGCGAGCGCGUGCUGCUCCUCGGCGCCUCUUCGGGCGUCGGGCGUGCGCUGGCGCGGCAGUACGCGGCGCGCGGAUGCACCGACCUUGUCCUCGUCGGCCGCCGAGAGGCCGAGCUGGAGAAGGUGCGCCAAGAGUGCGAGGAGCUGCGCAGCAGGGGCGAGGAGUGGGAGAUGAGCGGCGAGGCGCCCGGCUGGGAGGCGCGCGCCAGGCGCCGCGCGCGCGUCAUCGUCGCCGACUGCACCAAGCCCGAGGACGUGCUGCGCAUCCGAGACGAGUGCCUCGAGGCUCUCGAGGGCAUCGACACGGUGCACCUCCUCUUCGGCCUCGCGGCGCUGCGCCCCAUUCUCGCCAUCGCCGGCGUCGACCCGCUCCGCAGGGUGCCGGCGGCCUUUGCCCGCAAGGGCUCCAAGCACCGCGGCGAGCAUGCCAGUCUCUCGGGCCUGCAGGCCGUGGCCAAGGCCAGCCACACGAUCCUCGAUGCCAACAUCGCGGCCACCGCCAUGUGCGCCACGGCUCUGCUGCCGCUUCUGCAGCUCAGCUCCGCCGAGCCGGCAUUCAGCACGCUCGGCUCGCUCGCCGGCCUCGUCCCGGCGCCCACACGUGCGCUGUACGGCGCCUCCAAGGCCGGACAGCACAUGCUGCUGCAGGGGCUCGCGCUCGAGGCCGCCGCGCAGGCCAAGGCAGACAGCAGGCGCGCACACGUGCGCUUCCUGCACGUCCUGCCCGGCACCAUCGCCACGGGCUUCCGUGCCGGCGCCGUCGAUGGCGCGCCGGAGGAGAGUGGCGCGCGCGACUCGAGCUGGGACAGGGAGAGCAAGAGCGACGUCCUGACGGCCGAGCACGUCGCCCAACAGACCAUCCUCGCCGUCGAUCGCCAGACGCAGGGAGAGCUGCUGAUGCCGCCAAAGUACCGCUUUGCGCGCCUCGGCAUGGCCCUCUUGGUGCUGGCAAAGGUGGCGCACAGGAAGUACGAGUACUGA